ACGUAUUUGUCUUUGUCUUUUUGUAUGGUUUUCCCCUGAAUCCCUACCAUAGAAUCUCUCCCAAAAUGAAAAUAGCUUCCCCUGUCCACUCCACAUGAUUAAAAAUUAAUGCUCCAGCUUCAGCCUCACCCUCCUCAACUAACCCACUCAUAAUGCUCAUGCCACCUUCUUCCUUCACCCUCCUCCUCACUCUCCUUCUAUUAUUCCUUACAUAUGAAGCAGAGAGCGGAGAAACUCCACCCCCUACUCCCCCGCCGCCGUUCAGACCAGGCAUAGCGGUGCUGGUGUGCGUUUUGACAACCAUAAUCUCCCUUACAUCGCUCCUCCUCCUCUACAUCAAACACUGCAACGGCGGCAUCCCAGACGGCGGAGGCGGAAACUCGGCUCCGUGGACGGUGGCGCCCUUCUCCGGAAGGAAAAACUCCGGCAUUGACCGGUCCGUGGUGGAAUCCUUGCCGGUCUUCAGAUUCGGAGCGCUGCGGGGGCAAAAGGAAGGACUCGAUUGCGCGGUGUGCCUGAACAAGUUCGAGGCCGCGGAGGUUCUCCGGCUGUUGCCGAAAUGCAAGCACGCGUUCCACGUGGAGUGCGUGGACACGUGGCUGGACGCGCAUUCCACGUGUCCUCUCUGCCGCUACCGCGUGGAUCCGGAGGACAUUCUCCUGGUGGAGGACGCAAAGCCUUUCCGCCAGAGUCAUCAACAACAACGGAACAAGGAAGAGGAACGCGUGCGUUUGAAUUUGGACCUGGAGAAGCAGGAGAUAGUGGAGUCUCGACGGAGGCAUUCGUCCGUUGGGGUGGGGGAAGGAGAAACAACGGAGGAGCAGCAGCAGAGUCGGAGGUGGACGACGUCGUUUAGAAGGUCAUUGGAUAGCAUUAGCGCCACAUCGAGAAAGAAGAACGAGAGCGUUGGGGUUGGUUGUUUUGUGCGUCCCAGAAAAGACGGGAUGUUGUUGACGCAAGAGACGGAGAGGGCAAGCGUGGAACGGAGGUUGGAGCACCGGAUUAUUGUCUCCCCGGGCCAGGGCCCGGGCCCAGGCCCGGGCCCAGGUCCGUGUGGGCUCGAGCAGCGGUGGAGCGACUUGCAGGCUUCGGACCUGCUGUAUCUGACGUCGGAGAUGAUAAUGAUGAGGGACAGUUGGAAUGGCAGAGGGAGUGGUGUCUGAGAUCAGGGGAUUGAGCAGAGAGUGAAGAAGCAACUUGCUGGAUCUGCGUUUCUAUCUUAGCAUAGGAUUUGUUACUUGCAAUAUAACAGAGUGACAUUAUUUUGCUCUUGUUUUAUUUCUCUAGAAUUAGAAUAUGAAUUCGAGAGUGAUAAAGAAGCACGUGGAUGGGAGGGACAUGAUCCUGCACCAGUGUGCAUGAAUGGGGGAUACGGAGAUCCCUUGUCUCGUGGCUUACGCACUUUCUCAAUUAUUUCUCACCUUCUUCUACUUCUAUGCACUCAUCAUCGUCCACACAUACACACA